GUGGUGGUGGUGGUGUUGCCCAGCUCCCUAUACAAACCACCAACCGCUGUAGAAAUACAUUGGGACUGGAUCGAGGUACAAAAAAAACCCCAACAUAUUAUUUAGUUCUAAACUGUAGUAUUUUAUUCGGGCUGGGGUGUGACUUAGAUCUGGAAGUCAAAGGAAAUUAAAAUAUAAAGCACAUGGAAUGGUCAUCUGCUGGUCAUCUGCUGGUCCUAGGUAAGAAAUGGGAAAAUCCUCCAAUUUCCCAACCCAUCUAUUUCCCUUCCCAGCUAUUUAGAAACCCAUCUAUUUACCAUCCCAUCUAUUUCCAAACCUAUCUAUUUCCAUCCUAUCUAUCUCCCAACCCAUCUAUUUCCAUCCUAUAUAUUUUCCAACCCAUCUAUUUCCCAACCCAUCUAUUUCCAACCUAUCUAUAACCCAUCUAUUUCCAACCUAUCUAUUUCCAAACCCAUCUAUUUCACAACCCAUCUAUUUCACAACCCAUCUAUUUCCAACCCAUCUAUUUCCAACCUAUCUAUAACCCAUCUAUUUCCAACCUAUCUAUUUCAAAACCCAUCUAUUUCACAACCCAUCUAUUUCACAACCCAUCUAUUUCCAACCUAUCUAUUUCCAAACCCAUCUAUUUCACAACCCAUCUAUUUCACAACCCAUCUAUUCCACAACCCAUCUAUUUCACAACCCAUCUAUUUCACAAACCGUCUAUUCCACAACGCAUCUAUUUCACAACCCAUCUAUUUCACAACCUAUCUAUUUCACAACCCAUCUAUUUCACAACCCAUCUAUUUCACAACCCAUUUUUUUCACAACCCAUCUAUUUCACAACCCAUCUAUUUCACAACCCAUCUAUUUCACAACCCAUCUAUUUCACAACCCAUCUAUUUCACAACCCAUCUAUUUCACAACCCAUCUAUUUCCCAACCCAUCUAUUUCACAACCCAUCUAUUUCACAACCCAUCUAUUUCACAACCCAUCUAUUUCACAACCCAUCUAUUCCACAACCCAUCUAUUUCACAACCCAUCUAUUUCACAACCCAUCUAUUUCACAACCCAUCUAUUUCACAACCCAUCUAUUUCACAACCCAUCUAUUUCCCAACCCAUCUAUUUCACAACCCAUCUAUUCCACAACCCAUCUAUUUCCUAACCCAGUUUUUACGCCCUGCCUGUGGUUAACUCCAUUUCAGUCCCAAAUUUAUGUCUUUGACAGUGAUGCAUAUUGUCGUCUUCUUAAACCCCAAUUGUUAGGACUGAUUUGUGAAUAGAGACUUAUUCCAAGCCAGGGCCUUAUGUUGGAAUGAAGACACAAAUUAUUGAAACUUUAUCUUCCAGUGGAUACAGUGAUUCGAAAAGUGUUUUAACGUAAAGCACCGCUUUUCUGUUUGAAAAGAUGCAUCUGGAGUUGUCCGUCAAAGAUUAUCUGUCUGAAAUAUGUCUCUGGCAUUCAUACAGCAGGGGUGUACGGGGGGGGAGGGCUGCGGAGGGGGCGGUCGAACCCGGGGCGACACCUUUUUCUCUUUAUUUUGAUUGUCGGCAUUUUACUGUAUGGGUUAUUUAGUAGAAGGGGGAGGCUAAAUUUACGACCCUCGCCGGGCCGCCCGAAACCCAUCUACGCCCCUGCAAGAAAGUGAGAUUUGAAUAGUAUUUGAAAAAGGUUCAAGUAACACUUAAAAUAUAUUACUUGAACAGUGAUUUUUAUUUUUUGGUUUUUACAGUUGACCAUGAGCUGGCUAAGAUAUGUGAGCUCCCCUUGCCAUGCCUGGACCCGGAAAUGAGGCUAAUCAGCGUGGCACGUGGCCUUGACCCCGAUGAAGCAGCCUGGAUGGAGGACACCCCGGAGCCACGGUAUGAUGAGGAUGACAAUGAGAUGGACGAGGCGGAAGAGGAAGAUUAUUACAACGAACUGGACGACUACGGCGAGACAGACGAUGCGGCGUCCAGCACUGACAGGAGUGGGCGUGGCGAGGACACUGGGCGUGGCGAGAGCGCUGGGCGUGGCGAGGACGAUGGUUGCGAUGGAGAUAGUGUUCGUGGCGAGGAAGAUGGACGUGGCGAUGAAGAGGGGCUUGGCGAG